AUGGAAGAGGCUGGUGCCCCCCACUUCCCCUUCCCCUACCAGCCAUACCCCAUCCAGGAGCAGUUCAUGCAGGCCCUGUACGGGGCACUGGAGCACGGCAAAGUCGGCAUCUUCGAGAGCCCUACUGGAACGGUGUGUGUGUUCAUAUCUGUGUAUUAAUGUGCAUGUGAUUGUGUGUGUCUAGCUGUCUCUGUCUGUGUAUUAAUAUAUACAGUACUGGUCAAAAGUUUGGACACGCCUACUCAUUCCAGGGUUUUUCUUUAUUUUUACUAUGUUCUACAUUGUAGAAUAAUAGUGAAGACAUCAAAACUAUGAAAUAACACAUAUAACACAUAUGUAGUAACCAAAAAAUAGUUAAACAAAUCAAAAUAUAUUUUAUAUUUGAGAUUCUUCAAAGUAGCCACCCUUUGCCUUGAUGACAGCUUUGCACACUCUUGGCAUUCUCUCAACCAGCUUCAUGAGGUAGUCACCUGGAAUGCAUUUCAAUUAAUAGGUGUGCCUUGUUAAAAGUUAAUUUGUGGAAUUUAUUUCCUUCUUAAUGUAUUUGAGCCAAUCAGUUGUGUUGUGACAAGGUAGGGGUGGUAUACAGAAGAUAGUCCUAUUUGGUAAAAGACCAAGUUCAUAUUAUGGCAAGAACAGCUCAAAUAAGCUAAGAGAAACGACAGUCCAUCAUUACUUUAAGACAUGAAGGUCAGUCAAUAUGGAAAAUAUCAAUAACUUGUGAAUCAGACCUUCAUGGUCGAAAUACUGCAAAGAAACCACUACUAAAGGACACCAAUAAGAAGAAGGGACUUGCUUGGGCCAAGAAACACGAGCAAUGGACAUUAGACCAGUGGAAAUCUGUCCUUUGGUCUGAUGAGUCCACAUUUGAGAUUUUUGGUUCCAAGCAUGGAGGAGGAGGUGUGACUGUGUGGGGGUGCUUUGCUGGUGACACUGUCUGUGAUUUAUUUAGAAUUCAAAGCACACUUAACCAGCAUGGCUACCACAGCAUUCUGCAGCAAUACGCCAUCCCAUCUGGUUUGCGCUUAGUGGGACUAUCAUUUUGUUUUUCAACAGGACAAUGACCCAAAACACACCUCCAGGCUGUGUAAGGGCUAUUUGACCAAGAAGGAGAGUGAUGGAGUGCUGCAUCAGAUGACCUGGCCUCCACAAUCACCUGACCUCAACCCAAUUGAGAUGGUUUGGGAUGAGUUGGACCGCAGUGUGAAGGAAAAGCAGCCAACAAGUGCUCAGCAUAUGUGGGAACUCCUUCAAGACUGUUGGAAAAGCAUUCCUCAUGAUGCUGGUUGAGAGAAUGCCAUGGGUGUGCAAAGCUGUCAUCAAGGCAUAGGGUGGCUACUUUGAAGAAUCUAAAAUAUAUUUUGAUUUGUUUAACACUUUUUUGCUUACUACAUGAUUCCAUAUGUGUUAUUUAAUAGUUUUGAUGUCUUCACUAUUAUUCUACAAUGUAGAAAAUAGAACAAAUAAAGAAAAACCCUUGAAUGAGUAGGUGUGUCCAAACUUUUGACUGGUACUGUAUAUGUAUGUGUGUGUUCCAGGGCAAGUCUCUGAGUCUGAUCUGUGGAGCUCUGAGCUGGCUGAGGGACCAUGAGGAGAAGAGGAGACAGGAGGCAGACAGACUGCUGCAGGGGGGUGGAGUUACAGCUCUCUCCAUCUCCUCAUCCCUCUCUACCACAACAUCCUCCUCUGCUGAGCCUGACUGGAUCACUGACUUUGUGCAGAAGAAGGCAGAACGGGACUUUGUGUCUAAACUGAAGGUAGUGGAGUAUAUGUGCAUGUUUGGUGUGACUUAGGUGUUUGCAGAGUGUUAGCAUCACUGUGUGUCUGUAUCUUUGUGUGUGUGUCAGGAUGAAGAGCUGCGGAGGAAGAAGAGGGAGGAACACCUGGAAAUGAUCAGAAACAACUCUCAGCUGAAAUACGCUCUGAAGAGAAAGGUAGAGCAUAACAUUAUAAUAACAUUAUAAUACGCAGUAGAGUAUAGAUGUAUACAGUAACAGCUUAAAUGUUGUGCGUGUGUGUAUAUGUAGAGCUGUGAGGAUGAUGAGGCGGUGAAGCUGCUGCAGCUCAGUAAGGACCCCCAGGGGGAGGAGCUAAAGGAUCCUGAGGAGGAGGAGCUUAUUGUGGCUGAGUAUGAGAGCGAUGACGAAUCGAAGACUAAGAACAAGUAAGGACAACCCAAUUACUAGGCCACAAUUGAGUGUAGCCUAAUAAAAUAGUACAGAGUGUUUCAAUUUGACACACAUAAUGACACCCCUGUCUCACCUCUACAGGUUCUGUGGAGGUGAUGACGAUGAUGAAGAUGACUUGGUGGAGGAGCACGUCACUAAGGUGUAUUUGGGAUUCUUAGGUUAUUUCUCUUACAUAGAAUUUUGUCCUUGGUCAACACCACUCAUUGUUGUGUGUGUGUGUGUGCGUUUCAUCAGAUCUACUACUGCAGCCGUACACACUCCCAGCUGGCUCAGUUUGUCCACGAGGUGCAGAAGAGUCCCUUCAGCCAGGACAUCAGCCUGGUCACACUGGGGUCCCGACAGGUACACACACACACACACACACACACACACACACACACUGAUCUUUACACAUUCUCUCCAUUCCUGUGUAUUAAUGAGGUGUGUGUGUCUGUGUAGAAUAUGUGUGUAAAUGAGGAGGUGCGUCGGCUGGGAAGCGUCCAACGUAUCAACGACCGCUGUAUGGAAAUGCAGAAGAACAAACACGGUGAGAACAUAUGCUCCCAGAAUGAAUGGGUCCUUAUGGCAAUGCUGACUCAACAAAAUAUGGUUAUUCAGUAUCUCAGUAAGGGAAGUCAUAUCCAAAAACUGUUGGUGAAUCAACUACAGUUAAGGAAAGUCAUACACAUUUAUAUUAGGAGGAAUCUAUCCUUUUUAAAGAACUGUAGGCCUGUCGCAUUGCUCUCUUUUCUCAAAGAUGUCCUAUCUUUCUCUCCUGUAUUCUCUCUCGCUCUCUCUCAGACCAGCGUCCAAAGGAAGUGGAGGGUGGUAAGAGGAAGAGGGGUGUGUCUAAGGCGGUGUGUCCGUACAUAGGGGCUCAGGGGCUGCAGACACUGAGGGAUGCAGUGUUGGGGGCAGUACGAGACAUAGAACAGCUGCUCAGCCUGGCCAGAGAAACACGAUCCUGUCCCUACUACGCUACACGCCUCGCUAUACCCCCCGCACAGGUACACACUAUCGCACUGUUUCCGUCAAAUUAUUAUGGUAUUGCAUUGUAAGACCCUGGUCUUUGACGUGUUUGUGUGUGUAGCUGGUGGUGCUGCCCUAUCAGACAGUACUCCAUGAGGGGACGAGAAGAGCAUCAGGGGUGCAGCUGAAAGGACAGGUUAACCACGCUUAAAACACACACCUUUUAACAUUAAUAUUUUAGCUUUCUAUACUCCACCGUUGAAUACCUUGAAUAUGUAUUUUGCCCUUGUGCUAUGUCUACCUAUUGUACAAUGUAUUGAGCUGUUUUACCUGUUUGAUUUUAUUGGUUUAGGUGCUGAUCAUAGAUGAGGCCCACAACCUCAGUGACGUUCUCUCCUGUAUACACAGCUCAGAACUAACUGGAGCACAGGUACACACACACACACACGCACACACACAAGAACUGUAGUUUGUCGAUGUGUCUGUGGUAGGAAUAACAUUUGUUGUUGUCUAUAUUGUUUAAUGACGUUUUUAUCCUGUGUCCAGCUAUGCCGUGCACACUCCCAGCUUGCACAGUACUCUGAACGCUACAGGUAAGCUCACACACACACACACACACACACACACACACACACACACACACACACACACACACACAGUGUCUGAUGUGUCUGAUUGUCAUUGUAACAGGAGUCGACUGAAGGCCAAGAACCUGAUGUACAUUAAACAGAUCCUUUUUGUGGUGGAGGGGCUGGUGCGUGUGCUGGGAGGUAAGUGUGUGUGUGUGUGCACUCAAGUAGGCCGUGAAAAAGAGCCAGAACAAGAUACCUAUAUACAGUGCAUUCGGAAAGUAUUCAGAACCCUUACAGCCUUAUUCUAAAAAUGAUUAAAUUGUUUUUUUCCCUCAUCAAUCUACACACAAUACACCAUAAUGAUAAAGCAAAACCAGGUGUUUAGAAAUGUGUGCAAACCCCCCCAAAAACACAGAAAAUAUCACAUUUACAUAAGUAUUCAGACCCUUUACUCAGUACUUUGUUGAAGCACCUUUGGCAGCGAUUACAGCCUCGAGUCUUCUUGGGUAUGACACUACAAGCUUGGCACCCCUGUAAUUGGGGAGUUUCUCCCAUUCUUCUCUGCAGAUCCUCUCAAGCUCUGUCAGGUUGGAUGGGGAGUGUUGCUGCACAGCUAUUUUCAGGUGUCUCCACAGAUGUUCGAUCGGGUUCAAGUCCGGGCUCUGGCUGGGCCACUCAAGGACAUUCAGAGACUUGUCCCGAAGCCACUCCUACGUUGUCUUGGCUGUGUUCUUAGGGUCAUUGUCCUGUUGGAAAGUGAACCUUUGCCCCAGUCUGAGGUCCUGAGCAUUCUGAAGCAGGUUUUCAUCAAGGAUCUCUAUGUGCUUUGCUCCGUUCAUCUUUCCCUCGAUCCUAACUAGUCUCCCAGUCCCUGCUGCUGAAAAACAUCCCCACGGCAUGAUGCUGCCACCACCACGCUUAACCGUAGGGAUGGUGCCAGGUUUCCUUCAGACGUGACGCUUGGCAUUCCGGCCAAAUAGUUCCAUCUUGGUUUCAUCAGACCAGAUAAUCUUGUUUCCCAUGGUCAGGGUCCUUUAGGUACCUUUUGGCUAACUCCAAGUGGGCUGUCGUGCCUUUUACUGAGGAGUGGCUUCCGUCCGGCCACUCUACCAUAAGUGCUGCGGAGAUGGUUGUCCUUCUGGAAGGUUCUCCCUUAUCCACAGAGGAACUCUGGAGCUCUGUCAGAGUGAGCAUUGGGUUCUUGGCCAGCUCUAGGACAAGUCUUGGUUGUUUCAAACUUCUUCCAUUUAAGAAUGAUGGAGCCCACUGUGUUCUUGGGGACCAUCAAUGCUGCAGACAUUUUUUGGUACCCUUCCCCAGAUCUGUGCCUCAACACAAUCCUUUCUCGGAGCUCUACGGACAAUUCCUUCGACCUCACCAGCAAAGCACCCCCACACCAUAACACCACCUCCUCCAUGCUUUACGGUGGGAAAUACACAUGCGGCGAUCAUCCGUUCACCCACACCGCGUCUCAUAAAGACACGGUGGUUGGAACCAAAAAUCUCAAAUUCCUCACUACCCUGGUUUUUGCUCUGACAUGCACUGUCAAAACUGUAGGACCUUAUAUACACUACCGGUCAAAAGCUUUAGAACACCUACUCAUUCAAGGGCUUUUCUUUAUUUUUACUAUUUUGUACAUUGUAGAAUAAUAGUGAAGACAUCAAAACUAUUAAAUAACACAUAUGGAAACAGCUCAAAGGACAACAACAAAUGAUGGACUGAUCUAGCACUGUUGCAGAGAAAACGACAGAGGCAAUAUAUGAGAUUGCUUGGAUACUCGUGAGAAACAAGAAGGUCUUCACAGACGCGGAGAUUGUCAAAUAAUGAUUUUUGGCCUCAGCCAAAAUAUUGUAUGCUGAUUUCACAAACAAGGAAGCUAUUUUAAAGCAAAUUAAGGGACUGCAACUCUGACUCGACCAUAACAAGACGCAUAGAAGACAUCGGUAAGCAACUGAUUCCUGGCAUCCGUGGCGCAGUGUUUUAGUAUUGCGCUUGACAAAAUUGCCCAAUUAUGUGUUUGGGUCCGCUUCCCUCAAAACAAGUCGUUCAGAGAGGAACUUUUAUGUGUACUGUCCCUUCAGGGACAAACACGAGGAGAGGAUAUUCUGAAAGCCCUUGUUACACUUUUGCUGAUAAUAAUAUUGACUGGUCAAAUCUGGCAUCUGUGUGCACUGACGGCGCCCCAAACAUGCGAGGGAAGGAGAAGGAACUCAUAGGCCUGAUGAGAAAAAGAGAGGAUAUUCCCAAUUUGUUAUGUUUCAUUGUAUCAUUCAUCAGGAAGCACUUGUGGCUAAACUCAAAGACUGACUUACAGAAUGUGAUGCAGCAAGUCAUGCGAGUGGUGAACAUUAUUAUUGCGAGGGCACUAAAUCACCAGCAAUUCCUCGAGUUGCUGGAGGAAUGCCAUUUUCGCUCAUCCAACUACUGAUGUAACCCUUAUGGGUCUUAUACGUGUGAUGUAGCCUAUUUGAUGUAUAUAUCAAAUAUAUUAUUUGUGAUGUGCUGUACAUCAAAUCAAUUGCAUGUGCUCUAUUGCUCUGAAUUUGCUCUCAAUUGAUAAUUGAUAAUAUUGGAAGAAAAAGUACAAGAACUUAAAGAUCUGUGCGGCCCUCUGAAUGAUUGUCUCAACCCAAAGUGGUCCCCUUACAAAAACUAGUGAGUAACACUGGUAUAUGGUAAUAGCUCCAUCAGUACUCUGAACGCCUUCUGUUAGGCUAAGUGGAGUUUAAACCAUAUUACUUAUAAAACCAUGUUAUAUCUAUAUUGUCUUCAGGUAAGGUGGGGCAGAAUCCACACAGCCAGACUACUCAGCCAGGUAAGAACACACGCACACAAAUACACACACACACACACACACACACACACACACACACACACACACACACACACACACAGUAUGAAGUGACCUCUGCUCACUUUGUCUCCCAGCAACCGAACUGCUGACUAUCAACAACUUCCUGUUCAAGGCUCAGAUAGACAACAUCAACCUCUUCAAGGUAACCAAGACCACAACCACAACACACUGCGAUUGGCACAGAAAUUGGGGAAGGGAUUGAUGGAUUUUAUGGUUAUUGGUGACAAAUUGCAUUGCAUCUCUCUCCUUCUCUUCCUCUUUGUCUGUCUAUGAAGGUACAGAGAUACUUUGAGAAGAGUAUGAUCAGCAGAAAGGUAAGUGGUGUGUGUGUGUGUGUGUUUGUUAUGAUACAGUGUGUUUUCUAAUGUUGUUUGUUCUCCCUCUAGCUUUGUGGCUUCAUAGAAAAGUAUGCAGGUACAGGUGUGACGUCACACACACAAACCUCACACACACAGACACAGUUUGCCAACAAAGAGAACCGUCGCACUGAAGGCCUGAACCGCUACCUACAGACACUGCAGAGCAGCCAACAGCCUGACACUGGUAAACACACACACACACACUUGGGAUGUCACCUUAUAAGAUUUUGACGGUAUUGUGAUGAACCAAGCUCCCUGACCUACGAAAAACGGACUCUCACCAUGUUUAAGGUGCAAGGGCUGCCUAACAGAGACACUCAUACUCUCUCUCUUUCCCUCUCUCCUGUAGAGUCACCUCCAGGCCAACAGGGAGCAGCAGAGGACAGGGAGCUGGCAGCAUCCCCUAUGAUGCAGGUAGAGGGCUUCUUCAUGGCUCUCACCAACACCAACACUGACGGACGUGUGGUGCUACACACACAAGGUACACACACACACACACAUACACCAACUUCUCUGUUGAGCAGAAACUAGUUUCUCCAAACAUGCUAAUGUUUCUCUAUUACAUCUCUCACUCUCUCUCUCUAUUACAUCUCUCUCUCUCUCUCUCUCUCUCCAGGUAGUGUAGCGGUGAGUAGUAUGAAGUUCCUCCUGUUGAACCCAGCGGUACACUUUUCUCAGGUGCUGAAGGACUGUAGAGCUGUCAUCAUCGCUGGAGGAACCAUGCAGCCUGUAAGAACGCACGCACACACUCUUAUCUUCAUCACCUGUGAUGACCUAGGCAAAUGAAAGUCAAGACAACUACUCUGUGCGUGUGUCUAGGUGUCUGACUUUAAGCAGGAGCUGUUGUUCUCUGCUGGUGUUGGAGCGGAUCGCAUCAUAGAAUUCUCCUGUGGUGAGUACCCUAAGAUACUGCACCCUGGGAUUGAUCUGGGAGGACUGGGGGUAGUUAGAAUAAGAGAGCAGGUUAAAGGUCAGCGUUACAGUAAUAGUAAAGCAUAAAGUAAUUUCUCAUUGGUCCUAGCUGAGAUGCACCUGGUUUGGACAAACUGACUGUGUGUUUGGCAGGUCAUGUGAUUCCUCCAGAGAAUAUCCUACCCAUAGUGCUGUGCAGCGGCCCGUCUGGUCAGGAGCUGGAGUUCACCUUCCAGAACAGAGACACACCACGCAUGGUUACACACGCACCUUUUUAAAGCCGCAUUCUGCCAUUCGGAGAAGCCAAUGUUAAUGUUAAUGGGCGGAGGGGAGUGUAAUGUGUGUGUAUGUGUCCAUGUGUGUGUAGAUGGAGGAGACUGGCCGUGUGCUGUCUAACCUGUGUAACGUGGUGCCGGGAGGCGUGGUGUGUUUCUUCCCCUCCUACGAUUACUCCAGAAGGAUUCUGGAACACUGGGAGGCCAGCGGCGUCCUGGCACGCCUCUCUAGCAAGAAGAAGGUACACAUACCAUCUAGCAAUCAAAUAUAUAUGUUUCUGCCUCUGCAAGUUUUCUGUCUUGAAAGUCCAUAUAUUCAGUAUGUGUGUUUCUCAGAUCUUCCAGGAGCCAAAGAAAGCCAACCAGGUGGAACAGGUGCUCAAUGAGUUUUCAUGCACAAUCCAGGUGAGAGACACAAAACAAACUACCAUCACUACAAAAGACCUCUCAUCUCACCUUUCUGAGAUUUAAACAUCAGAUAAAGAUAUUGCUUAUUGGAAUGCUUGUUGAAAGACUCCUCUCUCUCUCUCUCAGAGGUGUGCUGUGGAUGGGGGUACACUCUCUGGAGCGUUGCUGUUCUCUGUGGUUGGGGGAAAGAUGAGCGAGGGUAUCAACUUCUCAGACGACCUGGGCAGGUGUGUGUGUUACAGAUCUCUCAUUUGUAGACUUUCUCAUCUGUGAAAACAGCAGUUGUUUGUUUCUUAGAUAAAGACUGUGUACGUCAGGGGUAGGCAACUAGAUUCAGCCACUGGCCGAUUGUUGUCGGAGCGGAUGGUCAGGGGAAAAUAAUUAUAAUAAUUUGUACACUGCAAAUUGACCACAACUGAGCCCAAAAAGAGAUUGUGUUUGAAAAUAACAAUAAUUUCAUGCCUUGAUUACAUUGACAUGAUCACAUACAGUGCAUUCGGAAAGGAUUCAGACCCCUUGACUUUUCCCCCCUCAUCAAUCUACACACAAUACCCCAUAAUGAGAAAUCGAAAACAGGUUUUUUGACAUUUUUUGCAAAUGUAUUAAAAAUAAAAAACAUACCUUAUUUACAUAAGUAUUCAGACCCUUUGCUAUGAGACUCGACAUUGAGCUCAGAUGCAUCCUGUUUCCAUUGAUCAUCCUUGAGAUGUUUAUACAACUUGAUUGGAGUCAAUCUGUGAUAAAUUCAAUUGAUUGGACAUGAUUUGGAAAGGCACUCACCUGUUUAUAUAAGGUCCCACAGUUGACAGUGCAUGUCAGAGCAAAAACCAAGCAAUGAGGUCGAAGGAAUUGUCCGUAGAGCUCCGAGACAGGAUUUUGUCAAGGCACAGAUCUGGGGAAGGGUACCAAACAAUUUCUGCAGCAUUGAAUGUCCCCAAGAACACAGUGGCCUCCAUCAUUCUUAAAUGGAAGAACUUUGGAACCACCAAGAGUCUUCCUAGAGCUGGCCGUCCCGGCCAAACUGAGCAAUCGGGGGAGAAGGGCCUUGGUCAGGGAGGUGAUCAAGAACCCGAUGGUCACUUUGACAGAGCUCCAGAGUUCCUCUGUGGAGAUGGGAGAACCUUCCAGAAGGACAACCAUCUCUGCAGCCCUCCACCAAUCAGGCCUUUACGGUAGAGUGGCCAGACGGAAUCCACUCCUCAGUAACUCCUCUUGGAGUUUGCCAAAAGGCACCUAAAGGACUCUCAGACCAUGAGAAACAAGAUUCUCUGGUCUGAUAAAACCAAGAUUGAACUCUUUGGCCUGAAUGCCAAGCGUCACGUCUGUAGGAAACCUGGCACCAUCCCUACGAUGAAGCGUGGUGGCAGCAUCAUGCUGUGGGGAUGUUUUUCAGCGGCAGGGACUUGGAGACUAGUCAGGAUCGAGGGAAAAAUGGAACAGAGCAAAGAACAGCGAGAUCCUUAACGAAAACCUGCUCCAGAGCGCUCAGGACCUCAGAAUGGGGCGAAGGUUCACCUUCCAACAGGACAACGAACCUAAGCACACAGCUAAGACAAUGCAGGAGUGGCUUCGGGACAAGUCUCUGAAUGUCCUUGAGUGGCCCAGCCAGAGCCCAGACUUGAACCCGAUUGAACAUCCCUGGACAGACCUGAAAAUAGCUGUGCAGUGACGCUCCCCAUCCAACCUGACAGAGCUUGAGAGGAUCUGCAGAGAAGAAUGGGAGAAACUCCCCAAAUACAAGUGUGCCAAGCUUAUAGCGUCAUACCCAAGAAGACUUGAGGCUGUAAUCGCUGCCCAAGGUGCUUCAACAAAGUACUGAGUAAAGUGUCUGAACUAAAUAUAAUAAAUAUCUAUUUUUUUAUUUGCAAAAAUUUAUAAAAACCUGUUUUGCUUUGUCAUUAUGGGGUAUUGUGUGUAGAUUGAGGGGGAAAAAACAAUUUAAUCAAUUUUAGAAUAAGGCUGUAACUUAACAAAAUGUGGAAAAAGUCAAGGGGUCUGAAUACUUUCUGAAUGCACUGUAUGUCCUUUUUUUAUUCAUGGAUUACUUGGAAACAGAUUUCCUAAAUGUAACUAAUUUUAGCUUAAUUCCUGGUGAUUUUACAGUCUUUCUUGACCCAAAACUAAAAUGCCGACCCCCGGUGUAUGUUAAUAAAGUGUGUGUGUGCGUGCGUGUGUAUAGGUGUAUUGUGAUGGUAGGGAUGCCAUAUCCAAACAUCAAGUCUCCAGAGUUAAAGGAGAAGAUGGCUUACCUGGACAAGAACCUGGUGAGAGGGAACACUCGCUCACACAUUUUCUGGUAUUCAUUUGCCAUUCUCCACUUCUCAUAGGGGCCAAUCCCAAUUUAGGAAUUUAUGCCUUUCCUACACACUUCUCAGUAUUUGGCAUUCAGACUUGCCUUAUUCAGUCACGUAACGCACUCUGCAGGUGUGGCUAUCUUGCUGAAAACCCUCCCACUUGCUGGCCAACAGAUUUUCUCUUGGAGUUUUCAUUCAAUGGGGUUUUCAGUACAUUUAUCUUAAGCCAUCCCUUUAAAUAUGGUGCACCUUUUUAAUUAUAAUUUCGUCGAAAGACUCAAUAAAAUACACAGAAAACAGGUUCACAAUAUAGGGAUCAAUUAAAGAAAGCCAUCUAUGCAUAUUUGUCUCCAUUUCAGCACCAACUGGUAAAUAAAAAAAAAAAAGAUUAUUUGUAGAUUAUUUAGGCACAUUGUAGGGUUAGGAAAGUAUGUAUGAAUCAUAAAAAAACUAAAAACAACGGUUUGAAGAGCCUUUACACAAAAGAUACUGUAUAUUGAUAAAUAAAAAAUACAUGGGUUUGAUUCAUCCUGAAACUUGUCAUAUUAAAGUUCAAUCCAUUAAAUAUUGGAAGGUGGGGAAAAAGUGUACAAUAAGGGUUGACAAUAGUCCUAUAAAUCUAUCCUAAUUCUCACUAAUCAUGGAACUGUAUGACAACGGUCCAGUCGUCGUGAACCGUGCGCCAGUCUCCAGGUUUAACCUGCUACGUGUGGUCUGACUUCCAUAAUGAUUCAAAUAGGCUACAUGUCCCAAAUGAUUGCACAAUGUUAGCCUAAUGUGAUAUGAUCCACUAAUGCUAGCGACCCUCAGGAACAACUACACAGACGUGACAGAGGAAAGAAAGGUAAACGGAAUGGAAUGAUGCAAAAAUAAAUGUAUGUGGGUGGCUCCCGAUAGUGGCUAAUAUUUAACAUGAUACAAAUUGUAAAAUAAAACUGAGAAAAGCCUGGGCAUAUAAUCAAACCAUUCUAAAGCGCAUACAUCAACUAUUUUUCCACUUGGAACCGGUAGAUUCGCUAGACCUUAUUCAUGGUUUCCUCGUGCGUAUUGGUGGUGGAACAAUUAGAGAAUUAAGUCAAGGUCAGAAUACGGUGUUUGUAGACACACGUUCAUUUAUUCAAGCUCCACCUCAAACGAAUAGUGGGUGAAUAGCAUGCUAUUCUCAAGCUUAAAUUCAAGGUCAGAAUACACAUAGAGAGAACAGUGCAUAAAAAGGGAAUUACGUUCCAUUUAUGCAAGCUGAACUCUGGUCGGAAUCUGGGCCAUAGAGAUGAAUGGAAAGCUCAGUCCAUCCUGGAUCCAUUAAUUGUUAGUCUAUGGCUUAGUCACACUCAAACUCUGUUCUGUUUCAGCCUCACUCUGGUGGGAGGAGUCCAGGCCAGGCUCUGAUAGAUAACCUCUGUAUGAAGGCUGUCAAUCAAUCCAUAGGUACUCUACCCAUAUCUAUACACCUCAGUUAAUCUAUAGUUAACUAUCUAUAUCUACAGCUAUGUAUACCCCUGGCCUAAUCAAUCAUUCUGUACCCCUAAUCAAACAAUCUUCUGGGGAUUACCUAAUUUCCUCUCCCCACAGGAAGAGCCAUCCGUCACCGUGGAGACUAUGCGUGUAUUGUUCUGUGUGACCGACGCUACUCCCGACCUGCAACGCUGGCCAAACUCCCUGACUGGAUCAGAGCACACACGCACACACACACCAAGUUCGGCCCUGCCUUUGCCGGCCUGAGACGGGUAAUGCACACGCACACACCGGCAAUGGGUAAUACACACACACACUCUACGUCUGUAGAGCACAGGCCCUCGCUGACCCAACUUCUUCUUGUCUCUUUCUCAGUUCUUUAUGGAGAAGAAGAAGCAACAACAGCAGCAGCUUUGA